AUGAGGAAUGAUGGCCUUUCCAAUGACAGUCUGAGCACCUUGUCGAAUGACAGAUUAGAUACACCGGGACCCAUAGUUGACCCAGACGACCACGUUUUCAUCGUCACCCACUCUUACGACAGCGAGAUACUUGUCAACGAGGAAGUCUUCACGUCAGUUCGCGACGGCUUAACGAGAUCAGCGGUAAUCGACAACGAGCAUUCCUGCAACGCUUCCUAUGCUGCUAGUCUAACAAGUAAAUUUGUUCUUGGGGUUCUGACCACUCGCUCUGAGACGAUGCCGCUGAGUACUUCUAUGUGA